AUGGCGAUCGGACACAAGGAGGAGCCCAUGGCGCCCGUCCACCUGUUCUCGCACGGCAGCACGAUGAUGCUGGGCGAGGAGAGCGCGUCGGCCGACUACUGGAAGAAGGCCGGCGAUAAGGCACUUGCAAAUGGGGUCGAGCAUGUUAUCAUGAUGGGCGCCCACUGGGCCACCACACUCCCCGGGAUCCUCAUCUCCGCGAACCCAACGCCCGGAAAAUCCCCAGUCGCCUUCGUUUCCCCGUCCAAAUACCUCAACUACACCCUCAUCCCCGACCUCCCGCACAUCCCACUCAUCCAAUCCCACCUCUCUGCCGCGGGGAUCCCAUCCCAAACUUCCUCGGACUUCGACUGGAUCCACGACACCUACCUAAUCCUAAUCCGGAUGUUCCCCUCGGGGUGCCCCCCAACCACGAUCCUCAGCAUGAACCAACUCUUCGACCCGCACUUCCACCUCUCAGUAGGGGCGGCCCUGCGCCCCCUCCGCGCAAAAUCAGCCAAGACCCUCUUCGUCGGCUCCGGCGGCGCCGUGCACAAUUUAUACCGCAACGUCUGGUCCCCAAUGCUGGCGCACCGCGACAACUUCGCGCAGCCCACGCCGCCCGAGGCCUGGGCGCUGGAUUUCCGGCAGGAGGUUUUGAGCUGUUUCUGUCCGCGCCACGAAACCCGAAACCCAAAAGAGGAGUCUUCGGCCGGGAAGGUGGUGAAGAGCGCGCGGCCGGCUGGCGGACCGGCGCUGAGGCGCCGCGCGACGAGCCUGAUGAAGCACCCGCGGUACCGCGAUGCGCACGGCACCGACGACCACUUCAUGGCGGCCAUGUUCGUGGGGGGGCUGUGCGGCGGCCGCGGCGACGAGAACUUACAAGGCGAGAUGGGCGCUGAGGAUUGGGAGUUGACGAAUAUGUGCAAUUCGCAGUUUACGCUUGGCAGUUGGGCCGAGACUCGUUGA